GUGGGUUGUUGACUUGGUUCAAGACUUGGAGGCUGUAGUGAAGGCUUGCAGCUGCAGCUGAGCCCUGAGCUCCUCCUCCUUGGCGAACAUCCAUGGAAUCCGCGGCGGCGAGCGCCUUCCUCAAGAGCGUGAUGGGGCGGCUGUUCAUGGCGCUGGAGAAGGAGUACAGCAAGCACAGAGCCCUCGCGCAAGAAAGCGAGUCCCUCCAGCAGGACCUCCGCAUGAUCGCCGCCGCCAUGGACGACCAGCUGAGCGUCAUGCGGAGGAGCGACGCCCGCAGCGCCGUCGCGCGGCUGCACACCGAGCAGAUGCUCAAUCUCGCGCAUGACAUCGAGGACUGCAUCGACCGCUUCAUGCACCGCCUCACCUGCAAGCAGACGCGCGCCAGCGCCGGCGCCGCCGCGUCCCUCGUGAGCCGGAUGGCGCACGAGCUCAAGAAGGUCAAGAGCCGUUCAAGCUUCGGCGACGAGAUCCAGAAGCUCAAGAAGCGCCUCAAUGAAGCGCACCAGCGUGUCGUCGCCAUCAAUCCGUCGUCUGUCGUCGUGGCCGGUGGUCAACCCGCCGCCGCCGGGUCGUCGUCGCCGCUGCCGGCUCGCAUCACGGAGAACCCGGUGGGCAUCGUGGGGCCCGUUGAGGAGCUCCUGUCGCUGAUGGACGAGGUGGAGGGGGAACCGGAGCAGAUGAGGGUCAUCUCCGUCGUCGGGUUCGGUGGCUUGGGGAAGACCACACUCGCCAGGGCGGUGUACGAUCACCCUCGCGCAGAGGAGAAAUUCCGCCACCGCGCGUGGGUCUCCGCCGCCGGUUCGCCGGAGAUCGGCGAAGGGAUGAGGAAGAUCCUGCGUGAUGUUCUCCAGCAAGUGCGUCCCAGCAACGCCAUGGAUGUUGACGGCCAGCAUCUUGAAGCUUCUCUCAAAGAAUAUCUCAAGGACAAGAGGUACUUAAUUGUGAUUGAUGACAUCGGGAUGGAUCAAUGGAGCAUCAUAAGUUCAGCCUUUCAAAACAAUGGCACAAGCAGUAGAAUAAUAUUGACCACGACUAUUCAGUCCGUAGCUAAUAGGUGCAGCCAUGGCAAUGGUUAUGUAUACCAAGUGAACACCCUUGGUGAAGAGGACUCCAAGAAACUAGCUUUGGCAGGGUUUAGAUCACCUGAAUCGGAGGAAGGUUCGGCAUCAUUACUAGGGAAAUGUGAUGGUCUUCCUCUUGCCCUGGUCAGUGUCUCUGAUUAUCUGAAGAGCUCCAGUGAAGCCACAGGAGAGUUGUGUACAAAACUGUGCCGCAAACUUGGUUCUCAUCUGAAAGAUCCAGAUGGGCAUUACAGCUUUUCAGAACUCAGGAAGGUGCUCCUUGACAACUAUGACAGUUUAUCUGGCUAUGCUCUAAGCUGCUUGUUGUAUCUUGGAAUAUUCCCAAGCAAUCGUCCUGUCAAGAAGAAAGUUUUAAUCAGGCGGUGGUUAGCUGAAGGAUAUGCAAGAAGUGAUUGUCUUCGCAGCGAAGAGGACAUUGCAGAUGAGAAUUUCAGUAAGCUUAUUGACCGGAAUAUCAUUCAGCCUAUUAACACAAGAAACAAUUCUGAAGUGAAGACGUGCAGAACUCAUGGAAUUAUGCAUGAGUUUUUGCUGAACAAGUCCUUGGCCCAGAGUUUCAUCGCUACAUCGUCUCAUGAUCAUCCAACACUCAGUAUCAACACUAAGGCACGCCACCUUUCUGUCCAUGCUGGCGAACUGACAGAAUGCAUGGCAUCUGAUGAAGAAUUAUCUCGUGUCCGAUCUCUGACAAUCUUUGGGGAUGCAGGCGAUGCAAUUUCAUAUUUUCGCAAGUGCAAGAUGAUACGAGUCUUGGAUCUACAAGAAUGCAAUGAUUUUAGUGACGAUCAUCUGAAACACAUAUGCAAACUGUGGCAUCUGAAAUACCUGAGCUUUGGGGGCAAUAUCAAUGAGCUUCCAAGGAGCAUUGAAGGACUGCAUUGUUUAGAGACACUGGAUUUAAGGAGAACAAGUAUAAAGUUUUUGCCCUCUGAAGCAGUCAUGCUGCCCCACUUAGCUCACCUGUUUGGAAAGUUUAUGCUUCAAAAAGAUGAUCUGAAGAAUGUGAACAAGAUGAGUAAACUCCAAAAGUUCUUCUCUUCCAAAAAGAGCAACUUGCAAACUUUAUCAGGAUUUGUCACUAGUGAGAGAAAAGGAUUUCUGCAACUUAUUGGUGAUAUGAAAAGGCUGAGAAAGGUUAAGAUAUGGUGCAAGCAUGUUGCAGGUAGCAGUAAUUAUAUCACCGAUCUUUCACAGGCCAUUCAGGAAUUUACCAAGGUUCCCAUUGACAGGGACAAUGACCGUUCUCUCUCACUUGAUUCCGAAGAAUGCCGAGAAAAUUUUCUGAGUUCACUUGAUUUGGAGCCAUGCUCUGAAGGUUUCAAGUAUCAUCUAAGGUCACUAAAGCUAAAUGGAAAGUUACUCCGGUUACCUCCAUUUGUUACCUCGCUGUCAGGUCUCAUUGAGCUGUGCAUUUCAUCCGCUACAUUGACACAACAUCACCUGUCACCACUGAUCAAUCUGAACAGACUUCUCUACCUCAAACUGAUUGCAGACAAGCUCGAAAAUUUUGAAAUAAAAUGUGGGGCAUUCCUGAGUUUACGACGCCUCUGCUUUAUGGUGAAAAGUGUCACUUCAGCUCUUCCAAAAAUCGAGCGAGGAGCUGUGCGAAAUCUCAUCUCACUCCAGCUGCUCUGUCAAGGUCUAGUUGGUCUUUCCGGCAUUGAGAUCAGAUACCUGAAACAUCUCAAGGAAGUCACGAUUGACUCAGGAGUGACACCGCAAACAAAGCAGGAUUGGGAACAGGCUGCAAAGAACCACCCGAACAGGCCUAGAGUUUUGUUGUUCAGAAAGGUUGAUUUGAUGGAAAGCAAGGAACCAGGAAUAUCUUGUGCCAUAAGGGAGAAGAGGAAAUAUCGUUCAGAUGAUGAACUGGAUUCUAGUCUUGAGAAGAUGAGACUUUCAGAGCAUAUACACCACAAGCGGCAGAAAAUUGGAGAAGGUACUAGCAGAAGUUCUACCGGCCUUUAUGGAAAUGUUGGAACUGAUAGAACACAAGUUGACAUAUCUGAUGAAGAGAUAAGAAGGUACUGCCAGACUGAAGUUGAUCAGAAGUGUGCUGAAAUGUUGCAAUACAAAGAUAAACAUUCCGGGGCGAUGGAUGUUGAUCUGAGAUAAGAUGAACAAAUCAAUUCUCCACAUGCCAUGUUGAUAAAUAUCAAUCUGAUGCCUGGGAAGGAAUGUGAUGUACAGAAGUUGUUGAUGUCCACAGCGGAUGCAAAAGUGGGCCGAUCAGGUGGUGAUGAAAUUGAAAUUGUUCACAACGCUAAUGGCGAGAAGGUUGUUGUGCCAACCAAUCCUGUGUUUCAACAAGAGGAUCAGGGCAUGCAGGUCUGAAGUGCCAAUGUCAUAUGACUCAGAGUUCUAUCUUGUCAUAUGAGGAUACAAAAUCAUUGUAAACGGUGCAAAGAACUGACGGUGUUGAAUUUGAGAUUGAAGGGAGAGGAGAAAUUUUCUGUAGCCCAACCGGCAUGUUCAGAUGAUGAACUGGAUUCUAGCUAUAGGAAGGUCAAACUUUCAGAUCCUCCUCCUUCAUGGCUUCAGGUGUUAGUUCAUCCGGUGGCGGUAAUGGCAGCUGUGUUAGCACCGCAGAAUUUCUUUGCAAAAUCUCGUGGACAUAUAUAUAAUUGCCGCAGACUGCAAUAACAGACAAUUCUCAAAUUUGCAAGAAAAACUUGUCAGCCUAGAUUGCUGUUCAGGGUGUUAAAUUACAGUCCUUUUAAUGCUUGAAUAAUCCGCUUUGUAAUUCGAGAUGUAAAGAGGACCCCUUGCAUCGAAUUCAUCCUGUUUGUAAAUGGUAACUUUUUUACGGGAACAAACAAAAAAAUUGGUGCCAGUAAACUUGAAGCACCACUAGUACUUCUUAGCAAGAAUAAUGUGCCAACACGCAUGAGUUCCCAUCAAAAUAUAGCUCCAAGUUGUAAAUUCU